CUCCAGUGCCAACGAGGAGGUUUCUCCGGGACAAGAGCAGCGGCAGGGGGGACCAGAGGGCGCGGGGUUGUCACGGAGACAGCGGCGGGAUGAAGGUUCUGAUCGGCGGAGGCUCCGGCUUCGUUGGCUCCGCUCUUAGCCGCCUCCUGAGGAGCAAAGGUCACGAGGUGGAGUUCGUCUCCCGGAGACCGGGAGCCGGGGUCACCUGGACACACGUGGCCUCCCGUGGCCUGCCCCCCUGUGAUGCCGUGGUGAAUGUGGCCGGAGCCAAUAUCCUCAACCCACUGCGGAGGUGGAGCCGCUCCUUCCAGCAGGAGGUGGUGUUGAGCCGAGUGGAGACGACGAGGACCCUGAGCAAGGCCAUCUCUCUCUGCCCCCACCCCCCCCGCAGCUGGGUGUUGCUCACCGGCGUGGGCUACUACCAGCCCAGCCUGCGGGAGGAGUACCACGAGGGGAGUGUUGGCGGUGACUUUGACUUCUUCUCGCGGUUGGUGGGUGACUGGGAGUCAGCGGCCCGACUGCCCGAGGGAAUAGGUCGGCUCGUGAGGCAGGUGGUGGUCCGUGCAGGAGUGGUCCUGGGGAGAGAGGGAGGAGCGCUGCCGCCGAUGCUGCUGCCGUUUCGGAUGGGCCUUGGGGGGCCGCUGGGCUCCGGCCUCCAGCCCUUCCCCUGGAUCCACGUGGAAGACCUGGCUGGGAUCUUGCUGCACGCGCUGGAGGGGGGGGGGAGGAGGUUGGGAGAGGUGGAGGGGGUGUUGAACGGCGUUGCCCCAUCUCGCUGCACCCAGGGGGAGUUUGCAGAGGCCCUGGCGGGGAGCCUGGGGCGUGGAGCCCGGCUGCGGGUGCCGGCUGCAUUGGUGCAGGCUGCACUGGGGUCAGAGCGGGCAUUGCUGCUGCUGCAGGGCCAGUGGGUGGAACCUCGCCGCACACUGGCCAGCGGCUACCGGUACCGAUUCCCCCGGCUACAGGCAGCCAUCGACAACCUCCUCCACUGACCCCCAGGGUCAGGGGUCAACCUCUGGCCGGCCAUCCAUCUACUCUUCCACCGACCCCCAGCCCGGGGUCAGACCCAGCUUGCACCACCUGCUGCAGUGACCUCUGUGAUGGGGUCAGGGGUCACAGUGGGGUCAGGGGUCAGAGGGUGGGCGUCAGUGGUCAAAAGGUCACACCAGCACUUCCCCGAGCUCAGGCCUGUCCUGCGCUGACCUCAGGGUCAGGGUUUAGGUGAGGGGGGGUCGAAUGACAGGUGGUCAGAGUGAAUGGCUACCCCGAGAUCACGACCACCCUGGUAUCCUGACCUAGGUGAGGGUCAGAGGUGAAGGGGUGGGGGUCAAGGUUAAAGGGCUGGGCUUCCCCGACUUGCCUUGGACGAAGGUUGAGGUCAGGGGUCAGACUGAAUGUGGAAGGUCAGGGGUCAGCAGAUGUUGCAGUGAGUUUGGGGA